AUGGCUUCACUAGCCGACGGUGAAUUUAUCUCUGUGGCCGAAGAGAAGUUCGACUUUGACAUUUCCCUGUCACCAGCCAGUUCCAAAGGAAAUGAAGAAGAUGAUGAGGUGUUCCUUGGGCCAGUGGGUCACAGGGAGAAGUGUAUUUCUUAUGGACUAGAAAACCAUUUGAAAGAGAGUGUGAGCAGUGGGGCCUCAAUGGGUGAGGAGCCGAGCUGGAGCCCUCUCAGGGGGGAGAAGUUUGAGGACAUCUGUAUAGAGGCCAACCUGCUGGCUAUGCACCUGGAGAGAGCCAUAGACAAGCCCGUAACAGAGGUCAGCAAGUCCACAGCUGACCAGCCUGUGGCAAAAGAAAAGUUUGAGGAAGACUCCAAAGCUAAGAUGAGCAUUUUCAGCAAGCCGACAGAUGUGAUCAGCCCCAUAAAGCGAGACACCUUUUGUGUCCAGGACAGCCCCAUGCACAAACUGCCACCCACCAUCCAGCAGCGCAUGCUCAAGACAAACGGUGCCCAUGGCCUAGCCAAGCCAUGUCUCAGCACAUCCAGCCCAGUGAGCCAGGCUAAGGCCCAGCAGCUGAUGGCACUGCGAGGCAAAGCAAUUUUGACCAGUGGUAGCCGAGUCCUGCCCAACAAGCCUACAGCCCCAGGCAGUAACAGACUGUCCUCCUGCGCCAAACCAGCACACUCUGACAGGCCCAGACUUCCUCAGCCAAGCAAAGUAAAGCCACCUCUCUCUCAGCUUCCCAGCAGUAAAACUGUGAACAGAGCAGGUUCUGCUGAAGACCUGCUGUCUGACACGGCCAGUGUAGCGUCAGACGUCAGCUACUCCUCACUAAACACCAGUCUGCUCAGCAAGAGGAGGGCUCCAGCCACCAAGAAGGCUGCAUUGACAGGUUCCACUUGGGGUAAACCUGGUCCUCUGCCAAACAAAACAGUGGUGGAUAGAAGGAUAAACACCUCUUCGUCCUCCUCAUCAGUCUCCAGCAUCAACUCCAGUCUGACUGCCUCUCCUACUGGUAAGACCUUUGUCCUGUCCAAACUCAACUGCUCCCUCAACUCCAGUAUGAGUGGCCGAGGGCCCAGUGGUGUGAGCAGACUGCCCAGUUCUGCUCUGGGCACCGCCAGAAGCCGCAGGUCCUCUGUCAUCAGCAGAGCUUCAGAGACCAAAGCCACAGGGCGUUUGUCUCUGUCCACACAGGGGAGAAAAGACUCCAAGCCUCUGUCCAAACCAGUCAAAUCCACCCCCAUAAAGAAACCAGACCCCGUCCCCACUCCUCAGCAGCAGGCCUCUGCCAGGAGAGCAGUGGAGAGGACAAACUCCACCACUGCCAACCCUACACUGUCUGCCUUGACCAACAGCAUGGUCAAAGGUCAACCCAGAGUGAAGGCGUUUGUAGCACCCACACCCACAAGUCAUUUAAAGGGACCGCAUAGGUCAGAAGUGGUUUCAUCUCCUGAUGUCCCUCGGAUUAUGAAACCAAAGAGACUGAUGUCUGCUUGCAGUGUGGAAAGUGUGGCGCAGCAGCCUGAGAGGGCUGCUCCCGUGGGCUCCCAGACACCCCCUGCUGGGAGCAUCAGGUCUCUCCAGCCUAAAUUGAGGAGACCCUUGGCCCUGCCCAUGCCAGUCAGCCGCUGUGUCACAGGGAUCCCCAUGCUGACCCCGAAAAGUGUGACCCACCAUGGCAAGCCAGCCAAUCAGCACACUGAAUACCUGCCCACCCCUGCCAGAAAGACCAGCUUCACCACCAGUCCAGCCCAGCUGAAGGAGAAGCAGCAGCAGCAGAGAGUUCCAGAGCUGGGUACAUUGGGAAGGGAGGCGGGGGAGGUGCACGACUGCCCAGCUGAGCCCCAGUCCUGCUCCAUUCCCUUUUCUCUGGACGAUGACUGUCAGGAACUUACGGUCUGUGAGCCAGCAGAACCCAGCUCUGAAGCUCAGAAACCCUCUAAUUCCAGCUCAGGGUUCCACACACUCACAGAACAAGAGAAAACCCAGGAUCAGACAGGCACCAUGGAGUCGAAGGAAGUCGCUGAGGUUCUGCUGGUGGAUGCCCCUGCCCCUGUGAUAAAGCCAGAGGAGAGACCCCUGAUUGAUCUGUCCAACACUCCUGACCUCAUCAGGAUGUCCUCAGCCAAGCCCUGCGGUGGACAGCUGAUUGACCUUAGUUCUCCUCUCAUAAAAUGGAGCCCAGAUGACAAGAGAGAGAACGUGCAGAGCGAUGCUCCUCUGAUCAACUUGUCCUUCUAA